AUGGUGGCGGUCUGUUCUGCGAUCAGGAAGGGGCGUUUCUGCUUCUCGUCGUCGUCGUCGUCUUCCGCCGGAACCCUAGCCGUCCACUUCGAUCGCCUGGUGGACAGGAGCUCUGUCUCCUCCUGGAACUCCAUCAUCUCCGACCUCGCGCGCGAUGGCGACUCGGCCGAUGCCCUCCGAGCGUUCUCGUGGAUGCGGAGGCUGUCCAUUACUCCCGACCGAUCCACCUUCCCCUGCGCGCUCAAGUCGUGCGGCUCCCUCGCGAGGCUCUGGCCUGGCCGGCAGGUGCAUCUCCAGGCGUUCCUGCUCGGUCUCCAUCCCGAUCUGUUCGUCGCCUCCUCCCUCAUCGACAUGUACUCCAAGUGCGCGGAGCUGGUUGACGCACGGAGGGUGUUCGACGAGACGCCUCUUCCUAACGCGGUCGUCUGGACGUCCAUGAUCGUCGGGUUCGUCGUCAACAGCAGGCCUCGGGAGGCGCUGACGCUGUUUAAGGAGUCGUUGGUCGCAGCGGGAGCUGAGGAGAGGGAUGAGACGAUUGAUUCCGUCUCGGCCGUCGCCGCCUUGUCGGCGUGUUCUAGAAUGUCGGAGAGGAGGAUCACCAGCGGGAUCCACGGGCUUCUGGUGAGACUAGGGUUGGCUGCCGACGUCGGUGUUGGGAAUACCCUUAUUGAUGCAUAUGCAAAGUGCGGAGAUCUGCAUCUGUCCAGACAGGUCUUCGAGGGGAUGGAUGUGAGGGACGCCAUCUCGUGGAACUCGUUAAUUUCAGUGUACGCACAGAAUGGACUAUCGCCAGAGGCAAUGGAUGCCUUCUCAGAUAUGUUCAAUCGAGGCAGUGUCGAUCACAACGAGAUGACCCUGUCUGCAGUUCUGCUUGCCUGUGCACAAGCAGGCACGCUUCAGUUCGGCCGGUGCAUCCACAGUCAGGUGAGUAAUUCUGGCGUUCAUUUUAUAAUUCCAGACAGAAAUUAAUCGCUUUUUGGGGAUCAACUCGUUUGGUAGGGGACGUUUUUAUUCUUGAAAGAAAUUUAGCAAUUUAUCAAACAUACUGUGCCAAAAAAUGGCCACAGAACGUGACUUUGGAGUCCUCUCCUCCAUACCGUACCCUUUUCGAACGUUACUAUCCUGAUUCCUUCUCAUUCAACUACACUCGAUGAUGAAUUUCUCUGUCUGAAGAUGUUCUCAGCCAAAAAAAAAGUUCCCCACAAAUAAUGUGACUUUCAGGUUGUAAGAAUGGGCCUGGAGAACGACAUCUACGUCGGCACGUCUCUUGUUGACAUGUACGCCAAGUGUGGGCAAGUUGUGAUGGCGAGGCAAGCAUUUGACCUCAUGAAGAACAGGAACAUCAAAUCUUGGACUGCCAUGAUUGCAGGCUACGGCAUGCACGGCCGUGGGCAGGAAGCCAUGGAGGUCUUCACCCAUAUGAGGAGGUCCAGCUUGAAGCCGAAUCGCAUAACCUUCAUCUCCGUGCUCGCAGCCUGUAGCCAUGCCGGGCUCGUGGACGAAGGCCGGCACUGGUUCAACGCCAUGAAGAAAGAAUACGACAUCGAUCCUGGGCUUGAGCACUAUGCCUGCAUGGUUGACCUCCUGGGUCGAGCCGGGCACCUGAAGGAGGCCCAUGGAUUGAUCACUGGCAUGAAGCUGAGGCCAGACUCUGUGGUAUGGGGCGCUCUACUUGCCGCCUGCAGGAUCCACAAAGACAUCGAACUGGGGGAGCUCUCUGCAAAGAAACUGUUCGAGCUGGAACCGAGGAAUUGUGGGUAUUACGUGCUGCUGUCGAAUAUCUACGCCAGUGCUGGACUGUGGAACGAUGCGAAGAAGAUGAGGGCUCAGAUCAAGAGCAGAGGGCUGGUGAAGCCCCCCGGAUACAGCUCAGUGGAGCUCAGAGGCAAGGUCCAUGUGUUUCUGGUGGGGGACAAGGAGCACCCCGAUCAUGAAGAGACUUACAGGUAUUUGGCGGUGCUUGCGGUGAAGAUGCGGGCGGCCGGCUAUGUCCCCGACACAGGGUCCGUUCUCCAUGACGUUGACCAAGAGGAGAAGGAGGCCGUGCUGGGCGUCCAUAGCGAAAAAUUGGCGGUUGGAUUUGGGAUUAUUAACACGGCCCCGGGGACGGCAAUCCGAGUGAUUAAGAACUUGCGGAUAUGCGGGGACUGCCACACGGUGAUCAAACUCGUGUCCGAGAUCGAGGGCAGGGAAGUCGUCGUCAGAGACUCGAAUCGCUUCCACCAUUUCAGCAAUGGGCAGUGCUCUUGCGGGGAUUACUGGUGA